AUGGUUAUUAUCACCAGAAAUACACUUUUUUAUAGAUCAUUGAUUCAGAACCGUCGAAUUUCUAAUAUUAUUCAGCAUGGAAUCCCGAAUAAUCAAGACACGUCCGGAAAGUCCAACCACAACAAUAACAAGAAUAAUCUACGACCACCCGAAAAAAAUGAAGAAACUUUUUCGGGAACGACAGACGAAGUAGCACAUAAGGGCGCUUCGUAUGAUCCAAAGACCAUUGAACCACGUCAAGAGAUUGAAAAGAUAAAGCAUGAGAAUGAUGAGAAUGAGGAUCGGAAUCCAUUGGAAUGGAGUGCUGCCAAUAAAUCUAUUAGUAAAAAUACUGGCAAAAGAGGAAACCAACCUGUAUAG